UUUCGUGUUUUAUUUGCUGGUGAAGGACUGGAAAGUGGAGUGGUUUUCCAGUUCUGGAGCUUCAGUGGCAUGGUGUCUGGUUCAGUGGUUGGUUUACACUGCAAGUAUUGUGUGGAGUGUAAUAAAUCUCUGUGCAGGUGUAGCUCAACGAUACUGGGUUGCAAAAUUGUUCAAUUUUGAUUUCUGCGCUGGUUGUAGACUGUAGACUUGUCGUAGCCAUGUCCCGCAUUUCUCCCAUUGCUCGAGUGCUUGCGACUGUACCCAGUGGCUUGGAAACACUGGCUGUGGAAGAAUGCAAGCUGUUGCCCUUUGUGCAGUCGGCCACUCAUCUCAGACGUGGGAAGAUAGAAAUUCGCCUUCCAGCCGACGACGUAAACAAGAUCAAGGAGCUGCGUUCCAUUGACAAUGCCUUCGUUAUUGUAGGCAGUUUUGAGAAUUUCUUAGAAGAUGACGCCGACAAGGAGGUUUGCUUGAAAACAUUUCACAAGCUGGCAUGGCAGCUAGAAUUCAAGGACUCAAUAGCCGUAUGGAAGUCUUUCACUGGCUACAAACACAACGUCUACGUUGCUGAUCCAUUCCCAGACAGGCCAGACGUGCUCCCAUUGCCCACUGCUGCUCUCUUUGCACGGCCAAAGUCCAGCUCGGCGGCUGCGUCUUCCGACGCGCCCGUGUCAAACUCUUCAACAGCUAGCAGUGAUGAAGCAGCCAACACGGAUACCACAGCGUCACCCACACAGUCGGAAGACACGUCUAAGAAUGGAGGCGAGGGGACGACACAAGUGGCCGGUGAACCUGAUAUUUCCUCAUUGUCACUGGCUGACGCUGCCAGUAGUACUGAAGCCAAUGGCAGCACUGCGGCCGAGGACACCAUGGCUGCUAGCAAUGGCAGCACUGCGGCCGAGGACACCAUGGCUGCUAGCAAUGGCAGCACUGCGGCCGAGGACACCGUGGCUGCUAGCAAUGGUAGUGUCGCCAGUCAGGAGGACGUUGCUCCCCUGGCUCCUACAUUCCGUGCCACUUGCAAUCGCAUAGGCAUGAAGCACACAUUCUCCUCCAUGGACAUUGCCCGGGCAUUUGGCGGCAGUUGCAACGACCGGCACCACUGGACGGUGAAGAUGGUCGAUUCGGACAUUGAUGUUGUUGUCAAUAUCAUGGAGAGAAACAUCGAGGUUUGUAUAGCCCUGACUACUGAGAGUCUGCACUAUCGUAACAUGUCGUUCUUUGGACCAACCACGCUGCGCUCAACCAUUUGCAAUGGGCUUUUGAGACUGGCAAACAUUCAGCCCGGUGAAGUAGUGUGUGAUCCCAUGUGUGGCAGCGGAUCCAUUCCUAUUGAGGGUGCAGUAGCAUUCCCGAAAGGAGUUUACCUUGGUGGUGACAACCACGAAGUUGGCUGUGGUUACUCGGCCAACAAUAUUACGGCUCUAUCGGAGAAACGGAUGCUUGCAGACAAGGGUGCACUGCCAAUCGACACCUAUCUCUGGGACGUUGGCCAACUUCCUCUCCGCACCGGCAGUGUAGAUGCUUUUGUCUCUGAUCUGCCGUUUGGCAAAAGGAUCGGCUCUGCUGCGAACAACAAAGUCCUCUACCCACGACUCCUGCUGGAGAUGGCCCGGGUGUGCCGAUGCACAACAGGCCGUGCGGUGCUCAUGUCUCUGGAUAAGAGGACUUUGCUGCGUAGUGUGAGCGCAUCCCCGUUUUGGAAGACGAGAUACUCGCGCACUCUCAAUGUCGGAGGUUUACCUGCAUGCGCGUAUUACCUGACUCGCAACAGCAAGGAAGUGGAGUGAGCCGACGUCGACCACAGCAUGUCAUGUUGGCAUUCCAGCCACGUGGACAUACAGCUGAUAUCAAACGUUCGAAGUGUUGAUCCAUCCAGAUUAUUCUGGCCCGUGCAAGUAAAUGGAUACGACUACACCAAUACUGCGCAUCGGCACUGCAUGGCCAUGGUAACAGCACUCACAUGGCGGCACCAAGCUGUGGGGCAAGGUUACCAUACUUAUAUGGCGGCAGAAGGCUGGCUGUGUGGCCAUGGUAACAGAACUAACAUGGCGGCACCAAGCUGUGAGGCAAGGUUUCCAUACUUAUAAUUAUGGCGGCAGAAGGCUGGUUGUGUGGCCAUGGUAACCGAACUAACAUGGCAGCACCAAGCUGUGUGCCGGGAGAACGUAACCAAGGCAACAUUACUGACAGACUUUGCUAUCCACCGUCAAGCUGCGCAGCCAAUCACGGACAAAUGCUGCUACCGGCCCCACAUCUGGACCCCAUGAAAGUUGCUCAGGGUUUUUUAUUAUUAUUAUCUGCAUGCAGUAUCCGCUUUGUCCGCCUAUUUUUAUCAUGUUUUAGGUUUGGCAUUGCCUUUCCAUGGGACAGCCAGUUGUGUUAUGUGUGUGUGCAUGUGUUACUCCGAUUUCAAGAGUUGUGUUCCUGUUCUCCACAAUCAAUGGCCGCGAUUUUCACGUUCUUUCCUUUUAUUUCCUGGCCUUUCUCCUUCAGGUAUUUUGUUCUAAAUUCCUUUAUAUUUUAACUCCUGGCCCCCCUCGUUUGCUACACACACUAAAUUCUGGGUUAUCCGAAUGCUACACACGAUUGUACGAAUUGAAGUGCUUAUACUGCCCCAUACCGUACUAGGAGUAGAACAACGGUCAAUUCUGUUUCGUUGGAAGAAGAGUUGCAACAAAGAGGUCCCAAAUUCCAUAUUGAACAGAGUGACACACAUGUACAUCCAUCCUAUAAUAAAUCUUUCACUGUAUCUCCUCCUGCUGCUGCUUUGCUGCGCUGCAUGCUGCCAUAAACAUUUUUUGAGAUGCUGAGAAUAUAUGCAAAAAGUAAAGUGAGUGUAAAUGUAUAUUAUAAAAUGGUAUACACCGAGUAUGGCCGUAUGAGUGUAAAACGGUCAUGUUAGGAGGAAAAGGGUAUAAGCAUGAUUCUUGCAAAAAUCAACUUGAUGAAGAGAAAAAAUCUGUUGGGA